AUGAGCAACGAUUCGCUCAAACAGCUUGCGAGAUAUCAUCCUAAUCACCCUGAACCAAAAGUUGGUGCUGAAUUCUUCGGGUUUAUAAAGGAUGCGAACUACGUUGAUCCUGAUCCAGUUGAUCAUAAAAACUGGAGAAACGAAGAAGAGAUGAAAGAGGUUGUCUAUGCUGAAGAGCUGAAAACUCUUGCGGAGUUUAAAAGCAUAAAAAAUGAAUGGUUUGUCAAAGAAACAGGGAGGAGACGCAGAAAGGCCACUCCUAAAAUUCAAGAGGGUGAAGGGUCGUCAUCAAAACCAAAGAAAAAGCAAAAGAAAGCAGCAGAAACGUUAUUGAUUGAUGAACCUGAAGAAGAUGAGACAGUGGUAACUGCGGAAGAUGAUCUGUAUAAUGCUGGUGAAGAUAUGAUGUUUAAUGUUGAUGUCUUGGAAACUGGGCCAACAGUGACUGCUGAAGUUGAACAAGUUGUUAAUGUCGAAGCUGGAAAAGAAAAGGUUAUUGAUGACAUUGAGGGUGAUGAUGUGGAUAAGAGCACUACAAGUUUUUCGAGCUCUUCAGAUGAUGAGAUUGACGAGACUGAACGUUUAAGAAGAGUUCAGGAAGCAACAGAACAAGAAAAAUUGUUGAGGAAAAGAAAGAGACAGGAAAAGGAUGAUGAUGAUGAUGCUUAUGUUCCUUCUCCAGAACAUGUUUUUGAGUCACAAUCUCCUUCUGUCGGUCGAAAGAAAGCUGGAGCUCGAAAGAAAGUCAUUGUCUUAAAGAAGAAGCCUUCCAAAGAAACCUGGAAACCACCAACACCACCACAUGAGCCAACACCACCUCAAUCACCACCACGACAACCUACACCUCCACAACAACCUUCACCACCAAAACAACCAACACCACCCAGACAACCAUCACCUAUACAUCUUUCACCACUACAUCUUUCACCACCACCACGGCAAACCCUUCUUACACCGCAAGAAAUCUUUCAAACACCUCCACCCACUCAAAUUCAAUCGGGUUCUUCUAGCAAAGGUCUUUACACUCCUCAUGAUAGUCUUGAAGACAUUGGAGAUUUCGGUUUUGCUAAUGAUGAAUAA